ACGCAAGAGCGCACUGAAAAAAUAAAAGAGCAUAAUUGUUAUUGUUAGCUUGUUAGCUAGCAGGCGAACUCGUGAAUGGAGAUAUGACAGAGUAAUAACGUCUUAUUACAUGUGCACGAUUAAGUUAUUACAAACGUAAAGUGUCUGCUGUUUGACAUGGAGGACGGAAACAGGACUGAUGCUGCUUCCACAUCAAAGAGCCACGCAGGAUCACUCCACCUGCAGACUCCAAAAAAUGAGGACGCCUACGAAAUUGCCAUCCCCUAUGAGGAGAACAACUUUGAGCAGCAGGGAUUCUUCAACCAGAGUGAUCAGAAUUUUGAUGAGUCGCCCCCACCUGCUGGCCCAUCUCCAGUCAACAACUCGUACAUGGUGAUCACCAACCUGCGGACCCAGCUACAGAUCUCUCUGGAGAAAAACUCUUGGCUGCAGAAGAGAAUUGAGGACUUGGAAGAGGAGAGGGACUUCCUGCGCUGCCAGCUGGACCGUUUCAUCUUUUCCACAAAAAGCCAGGGACAGGAGCAGAGUCCGAGCCAGUACAGUAACGGUUAUGAAUCUAGGCGGUUCAACUGGAGGGCAAGAAGAGAGGAUGAUCGUCCCACUGAGCAACAGAAGACGGACUCACAGCAUUUCCCCUCACGUUCGUAUAUCCACCGACGGCCUGGUCCUCCUACCAUGGUGCCUUCCAAAAACCAUGUCUCCAAUCCACUUACCAAUCAGCUUGCCUCUAUAAAUGCUUUGUUCAGCUCUACACAAUCCCAGGCCAUGUUGCAAAGCCAUAGCCACAGUACUUCGAAUGCCACAGCCAGUGGCAGUGGCGGCGGCAGCAACAGUGCUACAAGGUCAUCCAUGAAUGAAAUGAGUGGACACAGCAACGUGGGUCCAGAUUCACUGUCACUCUUGGGAGAAUCUGAUGAGUACUUGGAUCAGGACAGCUACCUCGAGGAGGAGGAAAUUAUAUCAGGGGAAGAUGUAAUGACAGACACCAUUAACAGCAACAGACAGCAGCUAAAGAGAAGGCGGGUCUUCCGAGCCCCUAGAGAGCGACAGAGAGUCAAAGAUGCUGCUGGAGUGCUGUUUCGCUACAAGAAGAUCCUGCUUACAUACCAGCGUCUGAAAAACAUGUCCAAAGCCUUCCAACUCCAUGGUGUGGACCGUAACACAGUAGCUUCCACCACACCCAUUGCUGAGCUGCUACUAGUGGCACCAGAGAAGGUGGCAGAGGUGGGUGAGUUUGACCCAUCCAAAGAGAAGCUGCUGGACUAUGCCCGGCGCUGCUACACUGCCCUGGAUGAGGAGACACUCAGCAGGGUGCAGGCCCUGAAGAAGAAUAACCUCCUCCUGCCCAUUUCCUACAGGUUCAGACACUGAGGGGAGAAAGACAGAGGAAUGUGAAGUGUCUGUGGACAACAGUGGAGUUGAUGGUGAAGGGGAACAGAAAAGUGGCAGGUGGGCUCUGCUGAAACAGGUCAGCUCACCUCACAGAGAAAUCCAGAGGGAAGAGGAAUUAUUUAGCUGUCUCAGCAUCCGGGAUAUGGCCAUGUAAACUGUGGCUGAGAUCCUCAGAAAAAUUGUUUUUACAUUUCACUUUUAGUAUCAAUAUGUUCCAUAAAACCUCACCAUCAUUCCAGUAAUAUUGAGGAUGCCGGAUGUCUGCUGCAGCUAGAAAGGGGGAAAAAAUGGUUCCCAGUGCUCAAAGAGCAAAAUGAUGUGAGAGUGAUCCAGAAUCUGUGAACAACGAUGUGUGUUUAGCAUUAGGAGGAUAGAGAGGAUUGAUUUUCCUCAGUCAAUAAAUGAGAACCACGUUCAUGCUGUUUCAGCCAGGAGGUCUGCAGAGACACAAAGACCCUUUCUUUCCCAGACAUCGAGAUCAGCUUGAGGCCAGCAGCUCAGUAAUUGAGUGUCUGGAUCGUGUUGGUUUCUGACGGUCUAAAUUAUCUUAAAACAUGGCGAUUUUUAUCACUUUAAUUGUGUUUAAAUUUGACACAAUCCUUAAAUGACGGUAGUUUUCAAUCACAUAAAAGUUACAUUUAUGCUGUAAUCCAUAGAUUUUCUAGAAUUAUACUUAACUUUUAAGAAAUAAUCUUUUGCUUUUAUUUAUAUUGCUCAGUGUCUGUUUGUUGCAUAAUUUGUCAUAGCACCAUUUUCACUUGCCUUAAUACAAUUUGUGUGAUUUUCUUGUGUGAGACAUGCAAUAGUUUGGGUCACUUUCGCUCCCUGAGCACAAAUUUAAUUUGAGUCUUGGAGUCUUUUUGUGUUCUCUUUUGAUUUCCCUUUGUCCUGGUUUAAAGGAGGAGAGAACUGGACACUGACCAUAGUACAGGCUAGUCCAGAAAAAUGUACAAAUGCAUUUUUGGCAAGAGCCAAAGGUUUAUUGUGAAAAAUCAAAGACAGACACAAAUGUGUUGAUGAUGUUGUCUGUGUUUGACAACAAUACAGCUGCAUUACUCUGUUGUUCCACUAAAUGUUGUACCAACAUUUUUUGUAAAGUAUGUGCACUAAAAUCCAGUAAAUGUCACUUCUUAUGCUUCUGAUAUUGAGGCUCUUGUAAUGCUUUGUUGACAACAACACAUUUUGUAAAAUACGGUACAGCGCAUUCACUAUAGUAUUUGAAAGACUGUUUCGGUUCUGUGUGAAAAAUUGUGAACAUUAACCAUACAAACAGUCACACAGUGCGAGUUACAGCAUCAACAAAAGCCACUAGCUUGUGCACACGAGGAUCUUGUAUUGCUUCCCAGUGCUCCCCUUCAAAUGCAUGUAUAAAGUGCUCUUUGUUCGUCUGUAGUUUAUAGAGAUCUUGUCAAAAUUUGUAAUUUCAGAAAAAAAGUCCAGAAAAAUGUUCAUAUUGUAUGCCAGUUUGUGGUGUUUAUACCGGUACAGUGAAAUCAGAUCUUUUAUAUUAAAAACAGAUUAGGUUACAGUGGA